AUGGGUGCCCGGAGUGUGUGCCGGGUGCCGGUGUGGGUCCUGGUGGCCCUGCUCGUGGUGAGGCAGGCAGAGACCCAGAACCCUGCUGAGCCGAGCGGGGGGAGCACAGGGUACAGCACAGACGGUGGCUCUGUGACGUCUGCGUCUGCCCGGCGUGUGAGCUUUGUUCCACCCGUCACCGUCUUCCCCAGCCUGAGCGCCAUGAACCCGGCGCACAACGGGCGUGUGUGCAGCACGUGGGGUGACUUCCACUACAAGACCUUUGACGGCGACGUCUUCCGCUUUCCUGGCCUCUGCAACUACGUGCUCUCUGAGCACUGCGGCGCCGCCUACGAGGACUUCAACGUGCAGCUGCGCCGAGGCCUGGUGGGCUCCAGGCCUGUGGUCACCCGUGUUGUCAUCAAGGCCCAGGGGCUGGUGCUGGAGGUGUCCAACGGCUCCAUCCUGGUCAAUGGGCAGCGGGAGGAGCUGCCCUACAGCCGCACUGGCCUCCUGGUGGAGCGUAGCGGGGACCACAUCAAGGUCAGCGUCCGGCUCAUCCUGACCUUCCUGUGGAACGGAGAGGACAGCGCCCUGCUGGAGCUGGACCCCAAAUACGCCAACCAAACCUGCGGCCUGUGCGGGGACUUCAACGGCCUCCCAGCCUUCAACGAGUUCUAUGCCCACAACGCCAGGCUGAGCCCUCUCCAGUUUGGGAACCUGCAGAAGCUGGACGGGCCCACAGAGCAGUGCCCAGACCCACUGCCCUUGCUGACCGACAAUUGCACGGACGAGGAGGGCAUCUGCCGCCGCACCCUGCUGGGGUCGGCCUUUGCGGAGUGCCAGGCGCUGGUGGACAGCGCUGAGUACAUGGCCGCCUGCACCCAGGACCUGUGCCACUGCCCCACCUGCCUGUGUGCCACCUUUGCGGAAUACUCGCGCCAGUGCGCCCACGCAGGUGGCCAGCCACAGAACUGGAGGCGCCCCGACCUCUGCCCCCGGACCUGCCCCCUCAACAUGCAGCACCAGGAGUGCGGCUCGCCCUGCACGGACACCUGCUCCAACCCCCAGCGCGCACAGCUCUGCGAGGAGCACUGCGUGGACGGCUGCUUCUGCCCCCCAGGCACGGUGCUAGAUGAUGUCACGCACUCCGGCUGCCUGCCUCUCGGGCAGUGCCCCUGCACCCACGGCGGCCGCACCUACAGCCCGGGCGCCUCCUUCAACACCACCUGCAGCUCCUGCACCUGCUCCGGGGGGCUGUGGCAGUGCCAGGAUCUGCCGUGUCCGGGCACCUGCUCCGUGCAGGGCGGGGCCCACAUCUCCACCUACGAUGAGAAACUCUACGAUCUCCACGGUGACUGCAGCUAUGUCCUGUCCAAGCAAUGUGCUGACGGCAGCUUCACGGUGCUGGCCGAGCUGCGGAAGUGCGGCCUCACGGACAACGAGAACUGCCUCAAAGCAGUGACGCUCAACCUGGAUGGCGGGGACCUGGCCAUCCGGGUCCAGGCGGACGGUGCGGUGUUCAUGAACUCCAUCUACACGCAGCUGCCCCUGUCGGCAGCCAACAUCACCCUGUUCCGGCCUUCAAGCUUCUUCGUCGUGGUGCAGACAGGCCUGGGGCUGCAGCUGCUGGUGCAGCUGGUGCCUCUCAUGCAGGUGUUUGUCAGGCUGGACCCCGCCCACCAGGGCCAGAUGUGCGGCCUGUGUGGGAACUUCAACCAGAACCAGGCUGACGACUUCACGGCCCUCAGUGGGGUGGUAGAAGCCACGGGUGCAGCGUUCGCCAACACCUGGAAGGCCCAGGCCGCCUGUGCCAAUGCCAGGAACAGCUUCGAGGACCCCUGCUCCCUCAGUGUGGAGAAUGAGAACUACGCCCGGCACUGGUGCUCACGGCUGACCGACCCCGCCGGUGCCUUCUUGCCCUGCCACUCCGUCAUCAACCCCAAACCCUUCCACUCGAACUGCAUGUUUGACAGCUGCAACUGUGAGCGCAGCGAGGACUGCUUGUGUGCCGCCCUGUCCUCCUACGUGCUCGCCUGCGCCGCCAAGGGCGUGCAGCUCAGCGGCUGGAGGGGCGGCGUCUGCACCAGGUACAUGCAGAGCUGCCCCGAGUCCCAGCGCUACGCCUACGUGGUGGACACCUGCCAGCCUACCUGCCGCGGCCUGAGUGAGGCCGAUGUCACCUGCGGCGUCACCUUCGUGCCUGUGGAUGGCUGCGCCUGCCCCGCUGGCACCUUCCUCAACGAUGCGGGUGCCUGUGUGCCCGCCCGAGAGUGCCCCUGCUACGUUCACGGCACCGUGCUGGCCCCCGGGGAGGUCGUGCAUGACGAGGGCGCCGUGUGCUCGUGUGCAGGCGGGAAGCUGAGCUGUCUGGGAGCCUCCCUGCAGAGAAGCACAGGGUGCGCGGCCCCCAUGGUGUACCUGGACUGCAGCAACAGCUCGGUGGGCACCCCUGGGGCCGAGUGCGUCCGGAGCUGCCACACACUGGAUGUGGGCUGUUUCAGCACACACUGCGUGUCCGGCUGUGUCUGUCCCCUGGGGCUGGUGUCGGACGGGAGUGGGGGCUGCAUCGCCGAGGAGGACUGUCCCUGCGUGCACAAUGAGGCCACCUACAAGCCUGGGGAGACCAUCAGGGUCGACUGUAACACCUGCACCUGCAGGAACCGGAGGUGGGAAUGCAGCCACCGGCUCUGCCUGGGCACCUGCGUGGCCUACGGCGAUGGCCACUUCAUCACCUUUGACGGCGAGCGCUACAGCUUUGAAGGCAGCUGCGAGUACACCCUGGCGCAGGACUACUGCGGGGGCAACGCCAGCCACGGGACCUUCCGCAUCAUCACGGAAAACAUCCCCUGUGGGACCACUGGCACCACCUGCUCCAAGGCCAUCAAGCUCUUCGUGGAGAGCUACGAGCUGAUCCUCCAGGAGGGAACCUUUAAAGCGGUGGCCAGAGGGCCGGGCGGGGACCCACCCUACAGGAUCCGCUACAUGGGCAUCUUCCUGGUCAUCGAGACCCGCGGGAUGGCCGUGUCCUGGGACCGGAAGACCAGCGUGUUCAUCCGGCUGCACCAGGACUACAGGGGCAGGGUCUGCGGCCUGUGCGGGAACUUCGACGGCAACGCCAUCAACGACUUCACCACGCGGAGCCGGUCCGUGGUGGGGGACGCGCUGGAGUUCGGGAACAGCUGGAAGCUCUCCCCGUCCUGCCCGGACGCCCUGCAGCCCAAGGACCCCUGCACGGCCAACCCCUCCCGAAAGUCCUGGGCCCAGAAGCAGUGCAGCAUCCUCCACGGCCCCACCUUCGCCGCCUGCCGCUCCCAGGUUGACUCCACCAAGUACUACGAGGCCUGCGUGAGUGACGCGUGCGCGUGCGAUGCGGGGGGCGACUGUGAGUGCUUCUGCACGGCUGUGGCUGCCUACGCCCAGGCCUGCCACGACGCCGGCCUGUGUGUGUCCUGGCGGACUCCGGACACCUGUCCCUUGUUCUGUGACUUCUACAACCCACACGGGGGCUGUGAGUGGCAUUACCAGCCCUGUGGGGCUCCGUGCCUGAAAACCUGCCGGAAUCCCAGCGGGCACUGCCUGGUGGACCUGCCCGGCCUAGAAGGCUGCUACCCGAAGUGCCCCCCCAGCCAGCCCUUCUUCAACGAAGACGAGAUGAAGUGCGUGGCCCAGUGUGGCUGCUACGACAAGGACGGAAACUACUAUGACGUGGGGGCCAGGGUCCCCACGGCAGAGAACUGCCAGAGCUGUAACUGCACACCCAGCGGCAUCCAGUGCGCUCACAGCCUUGAGGCCUGCACCUGCACCUAUGAGGACAGGACCUAUGGCUACCAGGACAUCAUCUACAACACCACCGAUGGGCUUGGCGCCUGCCUGAUUGCCAUUUGUGGAAGCAACGGCACCAUUGUCAGGAGAGCGGUGGCAUGCCCGGGAACCCCGGCCACAACGCCGUUCACCUUCACCACUGCCUUGGUCCCUGGCUCCACAACAAGCCCGGCCCUCCCACUCUCCACCGUGUGUGUCCGUGAAGUCUGCCGCUGGUCUGACUGGUACAAUGGGCACCGCCCGGAGCCUGGUCUGGGAGGCGGAGACUUUGAGACAUUUGAAAACCUGAGGCAGAGGGGGUUCCAGGUAUGCCCUGAGCCGGCGGGCAUCGAGUGCCGGGCAGAGCAGCUUCCCGACAUGCCACUGGAGAAGCUGGGCCAGCAGGUGGACUGUGACCGCACGCGGGGGCUGAUGUGUGCCAACAGCCAGCAAAGCCCCCCGCUCUGCCACGACUAUGAGCUGCGGGUUCUCUGCUGCGAAUAUGUGCCCUGUGGCGCCUCCCCGGCCCCGGGCACCAGCAUCCAACCCUCCCUCAGUGCCAGCACAGAGCCUGCUGUGCCCACCCCCACCCAGACCACAGUGACUGAACAGACCACCCUGUGGGUGACCCCGAGCGCCAGGUCGACAGUCACCAGCCCGGUCAGCAGCCCCCCGGCCCCAGCUACCACCGCCUGCCAGCCCCGCUGUCAGUGGACUGAGUGGUUUGAUGAGGACUACCCCAAGUCUGAGGAGUUGGGGGGGGAUGUUGAGUCCUACGAUAAGAUCAGGGCCGCGGGAGGGCACCUAUGCAAGCAGCCAGAGGACAUCGAGUGCCAGGCCGAGAGCUUCCCCAACUGGACCCUGGCGCAGGUGGGGCAGAAGGUGCACUGUGAUGUCCGCUUCGGCCUGGUGUGCAGAAACUGGGAGCAGGAGGGCGUGUUCAAGAUGUGCUACAACUACAGAAUCCGGGUCCUGUGCUGCAGCGCCGACCACUGCAGGGGACAUGCCACAACCCCGCCACCCACCAAGGAGCCAGAGACGGCCACAACCACCACCACCACCCUGAUCUCAACGCUGCCACCUAUGAGUAGCACAGGAGUGACCAGGGCUCCCCCGCCCACCACCACAGCGGUCCCCACCCUCUCAGAAGGACAGACAUCCCCCAGAUACACGGGCACCCUUGUUACAGCCACCACAGGAGGCCCCACGGCUCCUGCAGCUUCCACAGAACCCACGGUCCCAUGGGUGGCCACAUCUAGCUUUCCAACUCGCUCAGCCCUGCCAGGGACCACGAGGAGCUUGGGCACACAGGGCCCCUCGAGGCCCCCCGUGCCGGCCUCAACGACAAUGGCAACCUCCAGAGCUCGCCCGACAGGCACAGAGCCGCUGACCAUCAGCCUGGUGCCAACACUUACGAGCCAUCAGUCCACCACUCAGGCUGAGACCAGCACGCCCAGGCCAGAGACAACGACGCAAGGCCCCAUCCCUGAGGCCACCACCAGCCAGGGCACGACCCAAUGUCAGCCGAAGUGUGAGUGGACAGAGUGGUUUGACGUGGACUUCCCAACCUCGGGGGUCACAGGCGGGGACAUGGAAACCUUUGAAAACAUCAGGACUGCUGGAGGCAAGAUGUGCUGGGCACCAGAGCGCAUAGAGUGCCGGGCGGAGAACUACCCCGAGGUGAGCAUCGACCAGAUCGGGCAGGUGCUGACCUGCAGCCUGGAGACCGGGUUGACCUGCAGGAACGAGGACCAGUCAGGCAGGUUCAACAUGUGCUUCAACUACAAUGUGCGCGUGCUCUGCUGUGAUGACUACAGUCACUGCCCCAGCACGGCCGCCCCCACACCGACCUCCUCCACACAGGCACCCAAACCCACCUCCACGGGGGUCACCAUGGGGGCCACCACCCCCACAGCCACUGCCUCCACAGCCACUGCUGCCACAGGGGCCACCACCCCCAUGGCCACUGUCUCCACAGCCACUGCCACCACAGGGCCCACAACUCCCACAGCCACUGCCACCAUGGGGGCCACCACACCCAUGGCUACUGCCUCCACAGCCACUGCUACCAUGGGGGCCACCACCCCCACAGCCACUGCCUCCACAGCCACUGCUGCCACAGGGACCACCACCCCCACACCCACUGCUCCCACAGUCACUGCUGCCACAGGGGCUACCACCCCCACAGCCACUGCCACCUGGAGCACCAGGUCGGCAGCAGUAACAAGACCCUCAACUCCGGCCACCACUAAAACUGGCCCCACCUUCUCAAAGACCACAGAGAGGGUGUCCCUCCCCAGUCACUCUGCCCCUCCAGCUUCCACGACCAACCUCCUCCCUACCAGGAGGCAGCAGACUUCCCAGGCUCUGACCAUGCCUACCAGUCCAGCUGUGACCAGCACAUCCACAACAUCCCCCAUAGUGACCACCCCAGUGCACACGACCCUGAGGACUUCCAGCUCUGGGCACACCAUAGGGACCAUCCUGCCGUCCAGCUCCCCAUCUCCCAGCACAGGCUGUGUGCCUCACUGUGCCUGGACAGACUGGUUGGAUGAGGAUUAUCCUAGCCCUGGCCCUGAUGGUGGGGACUUCGAGACCUACUCCAACAUCCGUGCGGCUGGGGGGGCCAUUUGCGAGCAGCCGCUGGGCAUCCAGUGCCGCGACCAGGCCCAGCCUGAUGUUCCCCUGUGGGAGCUGGGCCAGGUUGUGGAAUGCAGCCGGGACUUCGGCCUGGUCUGCAGGAACCGUGAGCAGGUGGGGAAGUUCAAGAUGUGUUUCAACUAUGAAAUCCAAGUGUUCUGCUGCAACUACAGCCAUUGCCCCAGCACCACGGCCACCAGCUCCAUGGCCACACCCUCCUCCACUCUACCCUCUACCACGGUCACCAAGACUUCCAGCAGCACCCCAGCAACUCCCUCUUCUGCCCCAGGGACCACCUACACAUCCCCAGUGCUGACCACCAUAGCCACCACAGCUGCGGCCACCAGCUCCAUGGCUACUCCCUCCUCCACUCCAGGGACCACCUGGAUCCUCACAGAGCCAACCACUACAACCACCAUGACCAUAUCCACGGGCUCCACAACCACCCUGUCCUCCACUUUAGGGACUGUGGUAAUUCCUACCACAGCCACCACAAUGGCAGCCACUGGCUCUGCAGCCACCCCCUCCUCUACCCCAGGGACUGCUCAGACCCCCAAUGUGUUUCCUACCACAACCACUACUACUCCAGCCACUGGUGCCAUAGUGAUCCCCUCCUCCAGCCCAGGGACUGCUCAGACCCCCAAAGUGUUGACCACAAGAGUGGCCACCAGCUCCAUGGCCACGCCCUCCUCCAUCACAGGGACCACCUGGAUUUUCACAGAGCCAACCACUACAGCCACCAUUAUUUCUUCUAUGGGCUCCACAACCACCUUGUCCUCCACUUCAGGGACCCUGGUAAUUCCUACCACAGACACCACGACGGUGGCCACUGGCUCCAAAACUACUCUCUCCUCCAGCCCAGGAACUACAAGCACCAUUUCAGUGCUAACCACCACAGCCACCACGAACAUGGCCACCAGAUCCAUGGCCACCCCCUCCUCCACUGUGGGGACAGCUCACAUCCCCAAAGUGCUGACCACCACAGCCACCAUGCCCAUAGCCACCGGCUCCACAGUGCCCAGCUCAUCUGCCCUCAGGACCAUCCAAACCCCCACAGUGCUCCCCAGCACUGCCUUCAGUAUGACCACUGCGUCCGCCUCGGCCCUCACCACCCUCAUGCCCACUGGCUUCCCCAGCACCCACUUCUCAACUCCGUGCUUCUGUAGGGCAUUUGGACAGCUCUUCUCACCUGCGGAGGUCAUCUACAAUAAGACCGACCGAGCUGGCUGCCAGUUCUAUGCCGUGUGCAACCAGCACUGUGACAUCGACCGCUUCCAGGGCCCCUGCCCCACCUCCCCGCCGCCAGUGUCCUCCAACCCACCUCCCCUGCCCUCCCCUGCCCCCGGCUGUGACAAUGCUGUCCCUCCUCGGCAGGUCAAUGAGUCCUGGACCCUGGAGAACUGCACCGUGGCGCAGUGUGUGGGUGACAAUCGUGUUGUCCUGCUGGAGCCGAAGCCCGUGGCCAACGUCACCUGUGUGAACAAGCACUUGCCCAUCAAAGUGUCGGAGCCGAGCCAGCCCUGCAACUUCCACUAUGAGUGCGAGUGCGUCUGCAGCAUGUGGGGGGGCUCCCACUACUCCACCUUUGAUGGCACCUCUUACUCCUUCGAGGGCAACUGCACCUACGUCCUCAUGAGAGAGAUCCAUGCGCGCCUUGGGAAUUUCAGCCUCUACCUGGACAACCAGUACUGCGCAGCCUCCGCCGCCGCCAGCUGCCCCCGUGCCCUCGGCAUACAUUACAAGUCUAUGGAAAUCGUCCUCACUGUCACCACGGUGCACGGCAAGGAGGAGGGCCUGAUCUUGUUUGACCAAAUUCGGGUGAGCAGUGGCUUCAGCAAGGACGGCGUGCUUGUGUCUGUGACGGGGACCACCAUGCGCAUGGACAUUCCCGCCCUGAGUGUGAGCGUCACCUUCAGCGGGCACGUCUUCCAGGCCCGGCUGCCCUACAGCCUCUUCCACAACAACACCGAGGGCCAGUGUGGCACCUGCACCAACAGCCAGAGGGACGAUUGCCGCAGUCGGGUUGGAACCACGGCCACCAGCUGCAAAGACAUGGCCAAGACGUGGCUGGUUCCCGACAGCAGAAAGGACGGCUGCUGGGCCCCAACCGGCACGCCCCCCACUGCCAGCCCCAUGGCCCCAACGUCUGGCACACCCACCCCCAGCCCGUGCCCGCCGCAGCCGCUCUGUGAUCUGAUGCUGAGCCAGGUCUUUGCCGAGUGCCAUGACCUGGUGCCCCCCGGCCCAUUCUUCAAUGCCUGCAUCAGUGACGGCUGCCGGGGCCGCCCCGAGGUGCCCUGCCAGAGCGUGGAGGCCUACGCGGCGCUCUGUCGCGCACGGGGAGUGUGCAGUGACUGGCGGGGUGCAGCCGGCGGCCUGUGCGAUCUCACCUGCCCACCCACCAAAGUGUACAAGCCAUGCGGCCCCAUACAGCCUGCGUCCUGCAACUCCAGGAACCAGAGCCCACAGCUGGAGGGGCUGGCGGAGGGCUGCUUCUGCCCCGAGGACCAGAUCCUCUUCAAUGAACACACGGGCAUCUGCGUGCAGGCCUGCCCCUGCGUGGGAUCGGAUGGCUUUCCCAAAUCUCCCGGGGAGCGGUGGGUCAGCAACUGCCAGGCCUGCGUGUGUGACGAGGGCUCAGUGUCAGUGCAGUGCCAGCCCCUGCCCUGUGAGGCCCAGGGCCAGCCCCCAACGUGCAGCCGCCCUGGCUUCCAGACUGUGACCAGGCCCCGGGCCGACGACCCCUGCUGCCCUGAGACGCUGUGCGUAUGCAACAUGACCACCUGUCCCCAGAGCCCGCCCGUGUGCCCGCCAGACCAGGAGCCCUACCGCACCCAGGAGGAGGGCGACUGCUGUCCCACCUUCCGCUGCAGACCUCAGCUCUGUACUUACAAUGGCACCUUCUACGGGGUUGGUACAACAUUCCCAGGGACUCUUCCCUGCCACACGUGCACCUGCCUCUCUGGGGACACCCAGGAUCCAACAGUGCAGUGUCAGGAGGAUGCCUGCAACAAUGCCACCUGCCCCCAGGGCUUUGAAUACAAGAGCGUGGCUGGGCAGUGCUGCAGGGAGUGCGUGCAGACAGCCUGCCUCACGCCUGACGGCCGGCCCGUCCAGCUGAACGAAACCUGGGUCAACAGCCCCGUGGACAACUGCACCGUGUACCGCUGUGAGGUCGAGGGCGGACUCCAUUUGCUGACCCCACAGCCUGCAUCCUGCCCAGAUGUGUCCAGCUGCAGGGGGAGCCUCAGGAAGACCGGCUGCUGCUAUUCCUGUGAGGAGGACUCCUGUCAAGUCCGCAUCAACACAACCGUCCUGCGGCACCAGGACUGCGAGACCCAGGCCACGGUCAACAUCACCUUCUGUGAGGGCUCCUGCCCCGGAGUGUCCAAGUACUCAGCGGAGGCCCAGGCCAUGCGGCACCAGUGCACCUGCUGCCAGGAGACGCGGGUCCACGAGGAGACCGUGCCCUUGCGCUGUCCUGAUGGCUCAGCCGUCCUGCACACAUACAUCCACGUGGAUGAGUGUGGCUGCACGCCCUUCUGUGUCUCUGAGCCCGUGGCUCCCACACACGCACCCGGAUUCCCGGUCUAGGAGGCCACUGCCAUCUGACGAUGUUCUGCCUCGACCCCAUGCCCUGUCCACCUGGAGCCAGAAUGCACAUCGCCCAACCACGACCACCUUGGGCCAGCUCCACGGAACCCCCCGGCCUCUGGCACCCUGUGCCUCCAUGCUCCUGCUGCCCGCCCCAGGGGUAGAACCGACCCCUGGAAGGGUGAGGAGCCAGCAGGAUGCCUUUCAGGAAAGUGCCACUCAGGAGUCCUGCCCUGGUAGAGCCUGUGGCCCGUCUUGGCCUUGCCCCUCCCUGAGGUCACUGGGACACCCUGGAACAAACUAGGCACGUGCAGGCCUGUGUGUUCCCGCCAUGCCCAGAGCCACGGCCAGAGCCCCUGUGCAGCACGGAUCCCAGCUGGCCGUGUCCAGCCGCUGGGGCACAGACAGCCCGGUCCAGGCAAGGCUGGUUGCUACUGGGAAGCUGCACCAGGCGAUGUGUCCGCCUGUCCGUGCCUGCUGCAGGGUACCUCGGGGCUGAGGCCACAAUGGCCAGGUCAGAAGGGUCAGCAUCCCAAAGCCCCCUCUGCCCAGCUCAGCCCAGUUCUGCAAAUAAACCCUGAGCAUCGCCUACAUUUCCUGUCCCAGUGUCUUUUCUUGCCUACCGUCUCUC